AAUCACUUAAGGAUCAUAAUAUAGAAAAGGUUGUGGAGGAAGAGAUAAAGCAAAAGCCCCAACAAAUGGAGGAAAAAAACACUUAUAAAGUUUGUGUCACAGGAGGUGCAGGGUAUAUAGGUUCUUGUCUUGUUAAAAAACUUUUAGAGAAAGGUUACAUUGUUCAUGCUACCCUAAGAAACUUAGUUGAUUUAAAUGUAGAGGAUGAACCAAAGGUGGGACUACUGAAGAGGUUAAGUGGUGCAGAUGAAAAACUAAAGUUAUUUGAAGCUGACAUUUAUAGAGCUGAGGAAUUUGAGGAAGCUAUUCAAGGCUGUGAAUUUGUUUUUCAUGUUGCCACACCUUCAUUGCAUUAUGAAGGAUCUCAGUACAAAGAUAGAACAGAGGCAACAGUUGAUGGAGUGAAGAAAAUUGGAAUGAUUUGCCUUAAAAGUGGGACAGUAAAGAGACUUAUUUAUACUGCCUCUAUUGUAGCUGCCUCCCCAUUGAAGGAAGAUGGAAUUACUUACAAACAAUUAAUGGAUGAAACAUGUUGGACACCUCUUAAUUUCUCAAAUCCUUACACCCAACAAUGGCUUUGGGAUUAUGUAGAGUCAAAGAUGUUAGCUGAGAAAGAGGUGUUGAAGUUUGAGAAGGAAGGUUUGGAGGUGGUUACAUUAUGUGUUGGCCUUGUGGGUGGGCAUACUUUUUUGCCUUAUAUGCCAACAACUUCUGCUAUGUUCUUGUCAGUGUUCACUCAAGAUGAGAAAUUGUACAAUAUACUCAAGUUUUUAGAGGACCUUAAUGGAAAAGUUCCAAUUGUGCAUAUUGAAGAUGUGUGUGAAGCUCAUAUGUUCUGCAUGAAUAAUGUUGGUUCACUCAAUGGGCGUUUCUUGUGUGCUAGCUCCUUUGUUUCUACUGCAGAGAUUAGCAAUUACUAUCAACACAAUUAUCCAGAGUUUAAGGUCAACCAAGAGUACUUGAAUGACACCAAGAGAGAAAUCAAGUGGGGAUCAAAAAAGUUGGUUGAAAAAGGUUUUGAGUACAAAUAUGGAAUGAAGGAGAUACUUGAUGAUUGUGUUACUUCUGCUAGGAAGAAUGACAUUUUAUAGCAACAAUGAAAAAACAAUUUUAUAAUUGUGACACUUGCUAUUAUAAAAUUGUUUGAAGUGUCCAUCUAUUCUUGGGCUUCCCAAGGAAACUUAAUUAACUAGUUCCUGUAUCUGAAUUUGUUUGGUUAAACUCUUGUGUAUGCAGCAUUUUACAAAAUUA